CUGCUCCCGGAACUGUUCGUGCGGGGGCAGCCGCGUUCCCCACGAGCCCCCAUCUGGCACGUUCCCGCCUGCCGGAAGUGGCCGGGGCGGGAGCGGAAACAAUGUGGCUCCUUCCUCCGCUGCCCUAAAGCCCUAUUAUGCCCCUAGACUAACAGCGGCGGGAUGUUCACGCCGGGGGCGGAAAACUUCCUGCGGCAGGCCAGGGAGAUCCAGGAUGAAGAACUGAGAAAGUUUAGUUCCCGAAUCACAAGCCUUCUCCAGAAUCAUGACCUGGGAAAUGAUACCAUUGACUGUUUGCAGAGACUUUUCCUUAUUGUUUCAGCCACAAAAUAUGGCCGGAAGUUGGAUGGCAAAUUUGUAGAGCUGUUGCAGAAAGUACUGUGUCUGCCCAAGUGUCCUGAGCAGAUUCAGGCUCUAUGUGCUGCCAUCUUGAGAGAGAUGUCACCCAGCAAUGAUCUGAUCCUAUCCUGCGAUGAAAUCCAGGAUGCAAAGCUCUUGAGUCUAGUGUCCUCCAUCCUCUUGGCUCAGGGAAAUAAAAAGGCUGAGGUGUUAGCAGUGGGGCAGCGUGUUGUAAAAGUCCUGGAAGGGCGACUGCCUGAGGGUCACAGUUCACGGCACCUUCUUCCUCUACUCUCCAAGAUCAUCAGUCUAUCGCCAGCAAGCCUAACUGAAGAUCAGACCAAUCUGGUCAAUAAAAGGAUGGUGGACUGGCUGAGAUACGCAAGUGUUCAGCAAGGAGUUGCACAGCCCUCUGGAGGCUUCUUCUCCAAUCCCAGGGCAAGGCAGCCUGGCCCUGUCACAGAGGUGGAUGGUGCAGUUGCCACAGACUUCUUCACAGUGCUCUCAGUUGGUCAAUAUUACACAGAGGACCAGUGGCUCAACAUGCAGGCCUUUUCCAUGCUGCGCAAGUGGCUGCUGUGCUAUGGGAGCGAGGGGGCAAACAGCCCUAAUUCAGAUGACAAAUCUGAGGUAGAUGGGUCUAUCAUGUCCAUGGUCUCUGCUACCUCCACCUCCAGUCGCCUGCUUCCUCCAAAGGAGCGUCUAAGAGAGAAGGCUUUUGAAUACUGCCAGCGGCUUAUCGAGCAAAGCAACCGGCGGGCCCUGAAGAAACCAGAUGGGGACCUGCAAAAAGCUUGUCUCAUCGAGGCUGUCACUAUCAUGGAUAUUAUCUGCAGGCAGGACUCCUCCUAUGUGUACCGGACGCUCUCCUGCCUGAAGAUCUUGCAUGGCAGAAUCAGUGGGGACCUUGCUUAUGCCAGGGCACUGCUGCCCAUUGCUCAGUUCUUCCUGAACCACAGUGAGACAGCAGCGGUGGAUUCAGAGGCAGUUUACAAGCACUUGUUCACCAGGAUUCCUGCUCAGCUCUUCCACAGCCCAAUGCUGGCCUUUGAGUUUAUCCAGUUCUGCAGGGACAACGUCCAAUUCUUCACAGAGAACCUCAGCAUCUUCAGACGGAGCUUCCCAAACCUCUUCAAGCUCCUAGCAUGGAAUAGCCCAGCCUUGAUCUCUGAGUUCAUGGACCUUCUGCCAGCUCUGCUUGGUGCAGACACAGCCAUCGAGAUCUUUCACUUGCUGCUUGACCUGCCGUGUUUGGUGGCUGCUCUGGACAUCCAGCUGAGAGCUGCCUCUGCUCCCAUCUCGGAGAGAGCCACCUGGGAUCCUGCUGCCAAGCCAGCCAGCUGCCUGGAGGCCUUCCGCCACCCGCUCUACAGAAGCACCUUUCAGUAUCUCCUCCGGACUGAGACCGCCCCCAGAGACUCCCCUGAGCGGUUGGCUCCCCUUCGCCAGCUGCUGGGGUCCAUGGCCAGCUGUCCCCGGGUUGUGCAGUGUGCAGACACCAUCCCUGUCUUACUGCAGCUCUACUUCGGUGUGGUGGCAGAGUUUGCAGACGGGCCCCUGAUAAACCAGCUGGUGUUGGUGCUGCUGGAGAGGAGUGAGCAGCUCUACGAGAUCCCGGCGUUUAAGGCCGAUGUCCAUAGGGUGCUGAGCUCCCAGCUGGUGCUUCUGUGUAAGCUGCACCCCUCCCUGGUAGUGGAACUGUCCAAGGAGCUUCUGGAGUUUUCAGGAACUGUCAGCAACAUCCGGAACAAAGAGGAUAUCUUCACCUACGUGGUCUGGGCUAUUGGAGAGUACAUGUCUGUCUCAUACGACAAAAGGUGCACCGUGGAGCAGAUCAACAAGUUCUUCGAAGCCCUGGAGGCCAUGCUGUUUGAAAUCACGCAACUCCGGCCCUCGGCCAGCAUCCCCAAGUAUUCGCCACGUGUCAUCACGGUUCUCAUGACGACGCUGACCAAACUGGCAUCACGCAGCCAAGAUUUGAUCCCUAGGAUGUCCCUGUUCCUGUCCAAGAUGAGAGCAUUUGUUCAGAGCCCGGCCAUGGCCUCGGUGUACAGCGAGGAAGACAAUGAGGAGAUCCUGACCCGGGCCGCUGAGCUGAUGAACCUGUUGAAAAUGCCCAGCGUGGCUCAGUUUGUGCUGACGCCAUCAGCGGAGGUUGCCAGCCCACGGUUUCACCGAGACACUAACGUGUCCCUGCCUCUCGCCAUGAAGACGGCCAGCCGGCUGUUAGAAAGGGGGACUGGCUUCGUGCCAGGGUGAGGUGAUGGCAGGUCUGAGUGUACACUGCAGAGCUCUGAUUGACGAGACAUGGCUGGCUCUGUGCUGUAUUUUGACUAACCUGCUGCUGCUGACUCUGCUAAACGGAACAUGGGGAAGGUGGAGGGAUGAGGCUGUGCUCCAAGCUGCACCUUCCUGGAAAUGGGCAAUAAAGGACGGCAAAGAGGAAUAACCAGAGCCAACAGUUUCUGUCUUCGAGCCUGACCAUGUGGUUUGUGUCUUUCCUCUCGUGGGUGGCUGUUCUGCCCUCGGCCCCUGCAGCAGGAAGUGUUUCCACUGACUCUUCUCGAUGUUCCUGCAGUGGGACUCGGGUCCUGGCCCGCCCGGGGAGAUCAGUGACAUCACCCCCAUGAGACAGGAGCAGCUCACUCACUCAGCAUGCACCCCAGACAGACAAACCCAGGGAUACAGGGGAAGGGCGCUGGCUAAUGUAUGUGAUUUGGGGUUUGCUGGAGGGGCCCAGCCUGCUUCCCUUCGCAGCUCAUGGCAGCAGCCAAAGGAGCUCUGGCCUGGAAGAUUCUGAAAAUCCAGAGGGCCGACUCCACAGCAAGUCCCUUGAGGGGCACUUUGCCCUGUCCUACCGCUCAGCCAUUACGUGUCGUCUUUUCCUUCUCCUUUGCUCUGACUGCAUUGUGACUCCUCCUGCUGUUCCUACCCCACCUGCUCUGCUCGUAACAGGUGCUUAGAGCAAGACGGCAAGUCCUGUGGCCAGGAAAUGGUGUGACGCGUAGGCAGCUUGUGGGAAUGAUUUAGGUAAGCGAGGGUCUGCCCCCGUUCCCUUUUUGUUCUAAAGUUAAAUUGAACCUGGCAAGGCCUAAACAGGCUCCAAACCACUGCCACCAGAAUGGAGCUUAGGGAGGUUUUAUUGGAUCCAGUUUAUUUUUCACACCAAGAACAACUCCUUGACCAUAGCAGCCCUGUAACCGGGGGGGCACUGAUCUUCGUUCCAGGUCUGCACUAGAACUAUAUACAUUGUAGAGUUGUACAGUAUUAACAAGAAUGGGGGAGUGGUCAUGC